AGGGGUGCCGGGGCCGAGAAGAAAGCUCGGGUCUGCUCUCCGCGCGAGUCCACGCUCCCCAAGCUGUCUGGUGUACAGCGUUUGAUGAGAGUCCUUUGCUGUUGAAAUUCUAGGGCCUGGAGGUGGGAGUUGGAAGAGAUGAGUAGGGAGGACGUGGCCAAGUAGAUGCAUGAGGGGAGGGACCGUCCGGAUCCCUUCACCCAUCUCCUGCUACAGGCCCACUUCCUGCGAGUCCCGCGUGGCAGUAACGCGGCCUUGGAGGUCCGAGGAGGCCUGGAGAGCCUCAGGAUGGAUUUCCCCAGCUCCCUCCGCCCCACGUUGUUUAUGACCGGCCCACUUGGUCUGAGCGAUGUCCCUGACACGUCCUUCAUGUGCAGCUGGAGAGAUGCACUGACCUUGCCAGAGUCCCUGCCCCAGAACUCCGAGAAUAGGGUGCUGCCCUUGGCCAAGGGCCUGUUCUGGGAGCCAGACACCCCUGGGCCCCUUCCUGUGCUGCCACCUGGUCCUGAUCCCUGGGACCCUGGCCUGACUGCCCAGGACCUGCUUUUCCGGGGAAGUCCCAAGUUCCGGAGGCAGCCCCGACCUGUGCUGGAUGUUACUGAACAGCUCAGCCAGUUUCUCUGGGACCAUGGGGACAUAGCCUUUGCACCCCUGGGGAAGCUGAUGCUGGAGAAUUUCAAACUGGACGGAGAAAGGAGCCGCUCUAAGAAGAAGACAGUGGUCAGUGUGAAGAGGCUACUCCAGGACCUCGGUGGACACCAGCCCUGGGGGUGUCCCUGGGCUUACCUCAGCAACCGACAGCGGCGCUUCUCCAUCCUUGGGGGCCCCAUCCUGGGCAAGUCAGUGGCGAACCUCCUGGGAGAGCUGCUUCAUGAGGAGCUGGCAAUGCGAUGGGAGCAGCUGCUCCUAGACGAUGCCUUCACCGGAGGUGCAUUGGCCUGGCUGCCCGGAAGGCUGCCCCGGGUAGGGCAGCUGGUCUACCCCGCAGGAGUCGCCCUGGACAGGCUGUAUUUCCAAGAGGUCCGUCUGACCCCAGGCGGUGACCCCCGGAUCUUUGGGGACCCUGGCCACAUCCAGCUCCGGGGACCUGUCCGGCAGGUGGUGACCCGCACCGUGCAGGGAGAACCUCUGCUGGCUGUCCGCUCUGACUACCACUGUGCGCUCUGGAAGGUCAGUAAGCAGGGGCAACCAGGUCCGCUCCAAGUGCUGCAGGUCAAGAAGGGGGCCACAGGGAUCAACCUCAGCCCGCACCUGCCCGGGGAGCUGGCCAUCUGCAGCCGUUCGGGAGCCAUCUGUCUGUGGACCCCCCAGGAUGGGCUUCGGCAAAUCUAUAAGGAUCCUGAGACCCUUGUGUUCCGGGACCCCUCCCCCUGGCGUUGGGCAGACUUCACAGCCCACCCUCGGGCGCUGACUGUGGGUGACCGCACUGGAGUGAAAAUUAUUGACACUCAGGGCCCGCCAGGCUGUGGUUUGCUGCUUUUUCGUGGUGGGGCGGAAGCCUCAUGCCAGAAAGGGGAACGUGUCAUGCUAACUCAGUACCUGGGGGAGUGUGGCCCCGAUUCUCUGCAGCCCACACUCCAUCUCAUCUGUACCCAGUUCUCCCUCUAUCUGAUGGAUGAGCGUCUCCCCUUGGUGCCCAUGCUGAAAUGGGACCACAGCCUCCCCUCUGCACCCCUGCUGGCCCGGCUGCUGCCUCCACCCCGCCCCGGCUACCCGCGGCCGCUGCUCCUAGGAGGCCAGGACGGGCAGCUGCAGCUGCUGCACAUCACAGGGGACGGGGCUUCCACGCCUCGGCUGGCAGGGCCCCCCCAGUCUCUCCCUUCCAGGAGCGACUCCCUCUCUGCAUUCCACCUGCUGGAGCCCAAGAGUCAGUGGCGGCUGCAGGAGCGUCUGCAAGCACCAACCAUAGGUCUGGCCGCCACCCUCCUACCCUCUGCCUCCACGACGACCCUGUCGGUCUUCCAGCUCUCAGCAGCUGGAGAUGUCUUCCAGCAGCGCCUCCACCUCCAGGAAGACUCUGGGCCCCCCCGUGAUCCUGGGCCCAACUCCCACGCCCCCACAGCUUCCUGGAGCCCCCAGGCCACUGCUUGCUGUCGCAGGUGGCUGAAGGCCCUGCUGGAGGUACCCCCGGCUCCCCCUGUGUGGGCCACUCCCACCUUUUCCCACCGCCGUCUACUGGGCUUCAAGGAGCAGCAGAAGGUUGAGGGGAAAGUGCCAGAGAGUCUUCGGGCGGCCAUGGCCAAAGGGCGGCUAGUGCAGCAGAGGGACCUGGGCUCGCUCCCCACGGCAGAGCCACCUCCUGCUCCCGAGCCGGGCCCCGAGGAUGAGCUCAGCGAGCGGUUGGAGGCCGCCUGGGAAGGCCCAGCUGCUGCCUGGUGGGAGCAGCGGCAGGGCAGGGGCUCAGGGCCCAGGAAACAGCCCAAGCGGCACAAGCGCCGGAUGCAGCUAUCCAGUACCUUCUCCUCUCUCAGCGGCCGCCUGGACCUCUCAGAUGCCACUAGCCCCCCUCACAGCCCAGACAGGACAUCCCCUGUGUCCAGGCCUCGGCCCCCGGUGACCCCACCCUCCCAGGAGUUGACCCAGGAGCUGUGGGCCCAGUGCGUCCCCUCAGAGCGGCGGCAGACCCUCCGGGAUUAUAUGGCCGAGCUACCGCUUCAAGGGGACACCCCAGGAGGUGCCUCUGCACCCCCUUCCCAGACCUCUAGCAUCCGAGCCACCUCCUCCAGGCAGCGGACCCUCCGGGACUGCACUGCCAAGCUAUCACUCCAAAGGGACACCCCGGGAGGUGCCACUGUGCUCUCUUCCCAGACCUCCAGCACCCGGGCCACCCCCUCCAGGCAGCAGGGGCCUGCCCUCUCUGGCUCUCAGCCACACCGGAAGAAGCCCCGCAUGGGCUUCUGAGGGCCCAGGGAAGCUGCUCCCC